AUGUCCGUCCUGCCCUUUCCGCCUUUUAACUUUGGCAAUAGCGUCACAUCGCCUUGUUCACCACCAAAAGCUUGUUUCCCCUUGCACUUAAGAGCUCCCAAGGUCCCAUUCCGUCCAACGCCGUGCUUGGGAUCCCUUGGCAAUCGCCCUGCUCAGGAGGCCCUACUU